UAUGCAGAAAGAAUCAAACCAGAAAGCGUGUAUAGAAUCUUGAACUGACAACGAAAAUCUUGUUUUUUGGAUAUAUCGUAUUAGUAGUGGAGAUAAUUAUGCGGUGUUAUAUUUUACGACACCGCUGUUGAGUCAUACAAACUCGAAGUUGGAACUUUCGAUUGACAGUAAAGUUUGAAGUCGUCAACCAUCGCCAAACAGAUUUAACAGCGACAAAAGUCACAAAAGAAAAAACGUAUUUUUACUUUUUGACGUUGGAUUCGCCUUCCUCGUUGCUAUUAUAACUUUUUUUUCUCAAUUUGAAAGAGUUAGACAUCUUAAACAUGUGUGCACAUCAAGGAGCUUCCAGCGAUCUUCACACGGCACUACGCAACAGAUGCACGGAGACCGUGGUUACGGAGAGUUUAGUCACCGGCUGCUUGAUUAUAGCAGGAUUUCUAUCUGGUUUAAUUGUGUGCUUAGCGAUGUACAGAAAUGUUAGAUUACGGUACACCAUUCACAUAUACAUUCUAUGGUACGCCAUUAUCGAUUUGGUGACAAGUCUUCUCGUUAUGCCAUUCACACUCGGUGUUCUUAUCAAAGGCGAAUGGAUCUCUUCAACGUCAGCUUGCCAGUUUCAAGGCUAUGCUAUCUCGGUGCUAGGCAUUUUUACAGUCCUCACCAUGACUCUGACUGCGGUUGACAGAUACAUGGCCAGUUCUCGCCUAAGUCAAUAUUGGAGUUUCUUCAAACGAACGCACAUCUGUAUUAUCCUUGCGGUUUUCUGUCUCUUUUCUUUCGCAAUUCCAUUGUCUUCUACCCUAGAUCGAAACAACUUUGUUUUUCAUCCCGGUUAUGGCAUUUGCAGAACAGAAGCCAAAAAUGAAACUUAUCUUCGGGCGUCGAUUUUGAAAAUAAUUAUUUUUAUUGUACCAUCUGUUGUCAUCGCUACCUGUUACUACCGAGCGAGAUCCAAUAUUCAGCAGCGAUACAAGGAUCCGAAACUUUGGGCUCAAGAAGAGCGCAUGGAAAAUUUAAAUAUUUGGAAAGAGGAAGAAAAUAAGACAAAGCUUCUAGCUGCGUUUACACUGGGAACUCUUUUUUUCUGGGUCCCUGGUUAUGCUUGCGACGUUGCCGACGCAUUCACACACGAAAAGUGCCUCCCGCGCUCGAUCUAUUUGCUGAGCACACUUCUAUUCAACGUCUCCCAUUGUGUGAAACCCCUAAUCGUCGCAGCCAUGGAUGGAGACUUUGCCAUGGAAUUUAAAAGAAUCCUCAAAUUUCGCAAAACCAGGAGAGUUACUGAUGUGAAUGCGCAAGGAAGUAAACUUGGAGGAGAUCCAAAGUUUAUGCCAGAAACUAGGAAGUACUAUUGUGAAACGGGAGAAGAUGAUACAAAUUUGACCAAAGCAAACGAGUCGAAUGUGUAAUCACGAUAAUUAAACAAAACAUUUCAUAUCAAUCCGACGUAGCAACAGCAAUGACUCACUUUAUACCACAUAAGUGAUUUACUUGCAAAUUCUCUCUUCUAUAUUAACGCAUUAUCCAACAAAAGGUUGAUAAGAAUAGUCAAAAUUAUCCCAUUUUGGAUCAUUUAGGGUUUAUUUUGAUGUAAAAAGUUCUCUUAUGCACAAUUUGCAAGCAAAUUUUUACGAAGUAGAAGGGAGAAUUAAAAUAUUAUAUCAUAAGAUUUAAAGGGGUUAAAAUAUAAAGUUCUUGGCAGGCAACAAACCAUUUAAUAUACAUUCCCAAGCAAGUUUUCCAUUCUCAGAAAAAGAAAGAUAAUCAAUAGUUACAGCAGUUUGUACAUACAGAAGUAAAAAUUGUGAAGCUGUAAAGAAGUCCUUCAACUACUAAUUCAUGUAAACGAUCUAAGAUAAGUUCUUAGUCUCAUGAUACGUGCGCUUGUUAGCUGUAAAAGCCUCAGCCGUCUGUAGGACUGAUUUUCUGCUCUUCGCUGACACCCAUUUAUAUUUCGGGGUAGCCAGUCAGUAAAGAAGGGGAAAUCAACCUUCCUCAAAUCACAGGGAAAACGAAAGCUAGGUAAACUUUAUCUAACUGACAUUCAGUUAAACAGAUUUUGGGAUUUAAGGUUACAAAAGUACAGUAA